AUGGGCCUCUCGGAGUACAGACAACACAAGGCCGACUGCAAGCGCAAGCAGUCGGAACGCGCCUCCAAGAUCGCGACACUCCCCACGCCCUACCUGUCCGCUCUAUCCUCGCAAGACCGCACCAUCCUCGGCAAACCCAUCCAGGAGCUCGUCCAAGAUGUCCACAAGCAAAUCACCAGCCCCGUCGAUAUCCUGCGCACGUACGGCAAAGUCGCGAUAAAGGCGCAGGAGAAGACGAACUGCGUGACGGAGAUACUGUUCCCGGAAGCCGAAGAUUGGGCGGAGAAGGAGGUCAAUCUGAAGGGGCCGCUUGCCGGCAUCCCCGUGUCAUUGAAGGACUCUAUACAAGUCAAGGGCUUUGACAUCUCAGUCGGCUAUUCGAGGAACACCGGGAAGCCUGCGACGGAAGAUGGAGUCAUGGUUAAGAUAUUGAAGGACGCGGGUGCCGUGCCUUUCGUCAAGACCAACCUCCCUACCACGCUCCUAUCCUUCGAAUCCACCAACGACGUCUGGGGCCAGUGCAAGAACCCCCACAACGACAAAUACUCGCCAGGUGGCUCAACAGGUGGAGAGUCGGCACUGUUGGCCUUCGGUGGUAGUCGCAUUGGCAUCGGAUCGGACGUAGCUGGCUCGGUCCGCGCUCCCGCACACUUCUCCGGCUGCUACUCGAUACGAUGCUCGACGGGACGAUGGCCCAAAGUCGGCAUGAACACAAGCAUGUCGGGUCAGGAAGCUAUACCUUCUGUCUUCAGUCCCAUGGCGCGCACAUUGAACGACUUGACCUACUUCACGCGAAGCUUCAUCCAGAUGAAGCCCUGGAAAUACGACUAUACCGUCCACCCGCUAGAGUGGAGAGAAGAUAUCGAGACUGAGUUCCGGGAGAAGCCAAAGCUCCGCAUAGGCGUCAUGCGAACCGACCACGUCGCAGACCCUUCACCAGCAUGUGCGCGCGCACUAGACCAAACAGUCGAAGCACUCAAGGCUGAAGGUCACGAAGUCUUCGAUGUCGAGCCACCUUCGCCAUACGAAGCUCUGAAGCUAGCAUCCCAACUCCUUCUCAGCGACGGCGGCAACACAUUUAUGGGCCAUUUCCGCACGGGAGAGUGGAAUGAUCUGGGUGCAGCGCAACUGGUCUACUACAUGCGCCUGCCCAAGUUCAUCAAGUACGCGCACUACCUGUACGUCAAGUACGUCAAAGGCGACGACAUCUGGGCUGGCUUGCUACGCGACUGGCACCCAAAGUCGGCACAUGAGUACUGGCAGCUCGCUGGCAAGCGCGAGGCAUACAAGCAGAAUUUCUACCAAUGGUGGUCUGAGGAGGCCAACAUGGAUGUCAUGCUUACUCCACCCAAUGCGACUCCUGCGGUACCUCAUGGCGGCAUGCAUGAUGCAGUCAGUAGCUGCGGUUACACUUUCAUGUUCAACCUGCUUGACUACUCCUCUGGAAUUAUCCCCGUAACGCACGUCGAUCCUGCCAAAGACGCCCUGCCAUCCGACUUCAACAUCAAGAAAUUGAACGGGGUAGCACAAGGCGCAUACAAGCUGUACGAUGCGGAGAAGAUGGCUGGUCUGCCCGUGGCUGUACAAGUUGUCGGAAGGAGACUGGAAGAGGAGAAGGUCCUUGCUAUCAUGGAGAGGGUGGAGGAUGCAUUGGAUAAGCAUGGUGGACGAUAUCAGUUACUGGAAGUGGAUUGA